AUGGAACACAAUGAACAGUUGGUCCAUGACCAUGCCGUCUUUAUCAACUCGACAGUCAACUCAGUGUAUGAGCUUAUUGUUGCUAUUCCUGGCUCUCAUCUAGCCAUCAACUAUCUGAAAAACGCCUAUCAAAAUGAUCCCUUCCGUAUCGCUUUAGAACUCUUUCUCGUCUUUUUCGCUCUCAAGUAUAUGCUUUCCAAGAAAUACAAGCCCAAUGAUAACAAUGUUCAGCUCACAGUCAAGGAAGUGGAUGACCUUGUUGAAGAAUGGCAACCCGAACCUUUAGCUCCCAAGCUCUCCUCUUACGAUCGUUUCAAUCUUGAAAAAGUACCUUUGAUUGUAGGUGCUCAAUCUGCCAAGACCAAGGUGGUUGGCCACACCAAGCCCUUGAUGAACUUGGCUACUACCAAUUACUUGAAUUUAGUUGCUUCGGAACAGAUCCGCCAAAAGGCAGUAGAGACAUUGAGAAACUACGGUGUUGGUUCUUGUGGUCCUCCCGGUUUCUACGGCACUAUUGACGUGCACAUGGAGUUGGAGCGUGAUAUCUCUCGCUUUAUUGGUACCGAUGAUGCCAUCAUCUAUGCUCAAGGCUUCUCUACUAUCUCUUCUGUGAUUCCUGCUUUUGCCAAGCGUGGUGAUUAUUUGGUCGUUGAUGAAGGUGUCAGUUUUGCUGUUCAAAAGGGCGUUCAAAUCUCUCGAUCCAUUGUCAAGACCUUCAAGCACAAUGAUAUGGAGGAUUUGGAACGAGUAUUGAACGAUAUCAACACGGAGCACACUGUGCAUAGAAAACGCUUGACUCGUCGCUUUAUUGUCACUGAAGGUCUCUUUGCUAAUCACGGUGACAUUGCUCCCUUGGAUAAAUUGGUUGAAUUGAAGAAGAAGUUCAAGUACCGUCUUAUUCUGGAUGAAUCUCAAUCCAUUGGUGUUCUAGGCCGUAAAGGUGCUGGCUUGACAGACUUGUUCAAUAUUGAUGCCAAAGAAAUCGACAUGAUCACUGGUCAAUUGUCCAAUGCCAUCUGCGGCUCUGGAGGGUUCUGUGCUGGUAGCAUUGAAGUCAUUGACCAUCAACGUCUAUCUGGUCUUGCCUACUGUUUUUCUGCUUCUAUGCCUGCCAUGCUUGCUGUUUCUGCAUCCGAGGCAUUCCGUAUUCUUGAGCAACAACCCACCUUGUUGAAAGAGUUGGCUGAGCGUAUUUUGUCUUUCCGUCAAGUAUUGAGCCACAAAUCAUUGGAACCUUUCGUCUACCUUGAAUCCUCCAACUUGAACUCUCCCUCUCCCUUCUUCCAUAUCAGAGCUCAAAAAGCAUACCUUGAUGCUCACACCCAAGACAGUGAAGACAAAGUUUCUCGUGAGGCUGAGGAACGCUUAUUGCAAGACGUAGUUGAUGAGUGUGCUUAUCAAGGCGUCUUGGUUACACGUGCCAAGUAUGUGUACGAUCAAGAGUUGCGUUGCCCUGCUCCAAGCAUUAGAAUCAGUGUCACCAUUGGUCUUACCAAGAAGGAGAAUGACAAGGCUGCCAAUAUUGUCAAGUCUGCUAUUGUCAAGGUAUUUAGCAAAUGGAGAAAGUGA